UUCACCGACGCGGACGCCGGGGCUGGAGGGUGGGGCGCCUUGCCCAGCCCCUCCCGGCGCGUCAGAAGGCCCCGGGGUCUCCCUCCCUGGCUAGCAGCCCCCUCCCAGUGCCCGGCGCCGAAAGUACUCCCGGUGAGGCUGUAUGUAUUGGACAGCGGGUCGUGUCCAGUCUCGCUCUGUGCCAGGGACUGCUCUUAAACAGGCUUCUACAUGUUUUAGCUCACGGAACAAGCCUGUGAGGUGGGGGCUGUUAUCCCUGUUGUAUAGGUGAAAAAACCGAGGCCCCCGAGUGAGGGAUCGUAGGUAGCUGUUGAGUGGGUAGCAGCCAGGAUUUCAGCCCACGUAUCCUGGCUCCAGACCUCAUGCUCUUCAGUCCAUUAUGGAAGGCAGCCUCGCAGAACACAGCAACGGGUUCUCCUGAUUCACUUCGAUUCGAGUUGGUCCUCCCGGUGUCAGCCUCGUUGUCGUCCUUGUGUGCUUUGGUGGCUUAAGAGAAGACGGUGUGUUAACCAUCGGCGACUGCACCCGCGCAAGGGCCCAGCUAUACUCAGGGAGUCCGUCGGGAGUUAAGGAUCCUGAAGCAGUAGCUGAAGGUCUGACUCGGGCCAGGUUUCAGUUGCUCGCUCUGAGCUGUCAGUGGUGGUAAAGCCUACAGGCCGCUUCCGGAGGCCUGCCGCCGGCCCUGGUCGUCCGCUCUGCCAUCACGCCCCCACUCUGGAUUUCCAGUUCUACAGCCAUGAAAUAAGAGCUGAGCCUGGGCCCAUCUCAUUUCCCCAAGUUCCCAAGCAUGUUGGAAGUGGAAAAAAUCGGGAAGCCCCCCAAGAGACAUACACCUUCAGGAUCAGUGGGGCAGGGGCCGUCUGUGUGUGCUGCCUCCUCCGUGACCAGACCCAGGAGCCCAGCUGCUUCCCUGGCUUCUCCUAGCUCCAAGUUUAAAACCAUAGCUACCAAUACCUCUCACGGACUCGGCUGGGGUGCGGGGGGGCGCCUGCCGGAGACCGAGGUCAAACUUGAGUUUGUAGAUAUAGGAGAGAGGGCUGUCAGUGGCCACAGCAAGAUCGGACUGUCUGCCUCCCCGAAGGGGAGUGAGACGGAUCUGCCCCUACGGAGGAAGAGACCUCACCCCCUCCCCAGUUCCCCGUCGGUCCCUUCACCUGACGGAGUUUUCCUGGAGGAGCAGGAGGAAGGCACCCUGGGCCUACUUGUCCACAGUGAGACGGGCGAAGCCUGCUCCCUGGGGAGGCCCGGUCUGCACCCAGCUGCCUCCCGUGGAAAGUGCCAGGCCAGCCCUGGGCGGAGGAAGCCAGAGGGCGACUCUGGCCUCUACAGCCUCAAGUCUGUGCUUGGGCAGGAGCCCCCUGGGCAGCCCGAGAAGAAGGUGUCCAAACAGAAGGCACGAGGGCAGAGGGAGGAGGGGGAGCCGACGGGAAAGAAGUCGAGGGCCCCAGCGCUCAGCUCUGGCCGGUCCCCCUCUCCCCCAGCGCUACACCAGGCAGCCGGGGCGGACAGGCCAGAGGUGGGCCAGCCUGGUGAGAGUGAGAAGGCAAGGCGAGCUGACCUCCUCAUCGCCCAUCUGGCCAGAGAGCUGCGACGCCUCAAGAAAUGGAAGAAGAGGCACUUGCUUGCGGCUGUCGGGGACAAGCCACCCUGCCUGAAGAAGCUGGUCAGAACUCUAAAAGCGGAGACCAAGGGCUGGGCUUUUCCCGGGCAUUCCCCCCGCCCUGUGGACACCGCGGGUCACAAGGCCAUGUCAGACAUCGGACGGUUCUUUACCAUUGACUGCAAGGACAUCUGCCACGUCACCUGCACUCUGUGUCAUGCCAGCAUCAGACUGGGCAAAUUUAAGGGGCAUUUCCAAACCUCAGGCCUGGUCCGUCACUUGGUGAAUAAGCACGGACUAGAGAGAGACAGAAGGCCAACCGCCGCCAGCCCGGGGGAGAAGAAGGGCGGGGCCGAGGAGAGAAAGCACAAGGGCCUGCCCGCAAGUCCUGCUGGCCUUGCCCCCGAGGGGCUGCCGUCACCAGGACGCUGCACGGAUGCCUCCCCUCUGGUGGACGGUGGCAGGCAGCUGGCGGCGGGCAGGCCUGAGCAGCUGUCACUGGCUCCGCCACUCUUGCCUCCUUCCUGCAGAGAUGACCCUGCCGCCUCCCCGCCGGCAGUCGGGGUGGGCCGGGGUGGCACCCAUGCCCCCGGCCAGCCCCGAGCACAGGCCUGGACCCGCAGCAUCGCGGAGUUGCUGUGCAGCCUGGCUUUGCCGCUGUCCUUUGUGUCAUCGCUGCCUUUCAGAAGGUUUAUGGCCCAGGUCGACCCUUGCUACCACGUGCCGCCUCCCGCCUUCUUCUCCGGGAGAGCCUUGCCUCUGCUCCGUGAGGCGAUCGAGGAGCAGGUGUGUCGGGAGAUGCAGUGGGCCAAGGGCAGCUGUGUCCACCUCACCGUGUCCGCCACUGCCCGGGACACGGUUGUGGACUAUGUGGCCAUCACCGCCCACUGGGGAGCCGUACAGCCGGGCAGUCGGCGGGUGGCGUCGGGGAGCCUGAGAAAGCAGGCCGUGCUGUGGGUUCGGGGCCUGCCCCAGGAGAGCUCUCCGGAGGAGAGGCAGGGGGAGUUGCGGGAGCAGGUGGGCCUGUGGCUCAGCCGCAGCUCCCUGCAGCCAGGCUUCCUGGUGUCGGGCGGCUGCCUCAGCCUGGAGCAGGCAGUGAGGACAGAGGGCUACACCCACCUCCCCUGCUUUGCCCACUGCCUCGACUCCCUGGUGAGGAACUUCCUGCGUCACCAUCAGAGCGUCCAGCUCAUCCUGGGUACGGUGCGGGCCAUCUGCAGCCAUUUCCAGGGCUCCGCGGAGGCCCGGCGGCUCCUCGGCCAGCUGCAGCAGCAGCGUGGCCUCCCGGCCCAGCAGCCCUUCUGGGAGCUCUCGGACCACUGGGUGUCCGCCUACUGCUUGCUGGAGUGGCUGGUGAGGCAGCAGCGGCCCCUGCAAGAGUACGAGAGGCAACACCAGCUGGGCAAGGCUGGGACGGCCCUGUCGACUACAUUUUGGAGCCUGACGGACAGUCUGGUCACGCUUCUGCAGCCCUUCUGGGUGGCGGUCCGGGAGGCGAGCGCCGCGCGGGCUUCUUUAAGCCAGGUGCUGCCCCAGCUACGCUACCUGCAUAUCUUCCUGGAGCAGGUUAACCGGCACUUCGAGGAGCAGGGCGGCGGGGAGGUGGGGGCAGCCAUCCGGCUGGCCAAGGGCUUGGCCCUGCAGCUCUCCACAGACGGCCAGCUCAACGAGCUCUUCCACCGCAAGGAGUUUGUGCUGGCGACCCUCCUGGACCCCCGCUUCAAGGGGAAGAUCGAGUCCAUCCUGCCCGCGGGGGCCGACAUUGACCACUGGAAGCAGGUUCUCGUGUACAAGGUGAAGGAGAUCAUGGUGUCUGACCACUCCUUGCCUCCCUCACCCUCCCUGCACAGCCCCAAGGCGAGGCGUGCGGGCCCUACCCCGAGCAGCCGAGUCGCCAGGAGCCUCGGGGCCGAGGGGAAGGGCCAGAAGGUGCCUGUGCAGGGGGGCGGCGGCUUGGGGUCUCUGCUGCUGGACCAGAGGAAGAAGAGCUUGCUGGAGCAGCUGGAAAGCGUGGGGCUGCUGGCAUCCGAGAGAAGCGGAGCAUCGCUCUCCACCGAGAGCCACUUGGCCAGUGUCAUCGUCAAGAAGUACCUGCGUGAGAAUGAGACAGUUGGCGCCCAGGAGGACCCGCUGGUUUACUGGGAGAAGAGGCAGGAGGUCUGGCCAGCUCUGGCGAGACUGGCCACUGUCUACCUGUCCUGUCCCCCGACGGGGGCCUUCUCUGGAAGCGUCUGUGCCUCCCUGGACAGCCCUGCCCUUGCAGAGCAUAGCGCCCCUCUCCCAGUGGGGACCAUUGAACAUCUCCUCUUCUUGAAGAGCAACCUGGAGAAUUUCCCCGACUACCCCGCCCCUGCCCUCAUCUUCCCCAGUGGAGACCCGGCCGACGGGGAGCAGAACAGCGAGGCUGACCUCGCCUGACGCCCUGAAAGUCUGCCUGUGGGAAGUGUGUCCGGCAUCAGAGGGGAGGGCAGGAUGCUGCACCCUAGGGCAUUAGACAGAGGUGGCCAGAGUCCUCCCUCCACCUGUUUGGAGGGAAUAGGGACCGGUUCUCGAUUCUUGACACAUUGCCCUUUUUUUCUUCCCCAGGGUGAUGUCAUUUCCCAUUCAUAUAUUGCUUAAUUUGUCUCUAGCGGUUUGUGCAUAGAAAAGGUGAACUCUGUCCACAAGUGACUGUAAGUUGUGCCACACACCUCUGUGGGUGGCACAGGGACCCCGCUGAACACCUGCCAUGCGCAGGAUCACCGCCACGACAGAGACUCACCCGGUCUCGGAUGGCAGUCGUGCCGUGGUAAAGAACCCUGAACUCCACUGGGGAUGGGAGGCGAUGGGCCGGAGGAAGGGUCUCCGGGCUCACUGGAGCAGCCGUGAGACUGUCCACUUGUGCGCUGUGUUAACCGUUUCCCCCUUGGCUGUAGCUGUGUCCUGCCUUGGCUGGUUCCUGGGCACCGUUUGCCAGCCCACUUGCCAGGUAGGUGAACUGAGACUCAGCAGUGGCGAUUCGGAACGAGGGAAGGUGGCCUCCUGCAGGGGAGACGAGUGUCCUCUGUGCCUCAGUCAUGGUCUCAUCCGUGUGACCAAAUCCUGUCCGCAGACACAUGUUGGACCAGGAUAGGAGGACUCGGAUUCUGGAUGUUCAAGGGUGAGCGUUGCAGGGGGUUGGCGUGGAUGAGCCAAUUCCCUCAGCAGGACCCACCCGCUCCAAGCUGCUGCCUAUGCGUCAGCUGGGUUUGCAUAGCGGGGGGGAGGGCGCUUGGUCGGUCGGGCCCAGACCUGCCUGCUUGAGGCGUGCAGAUUUCAGGGAGCAUGGGACCGGGGGCAGAGCAGAGGUCUGUGCACUGGAGAGUCAGGGAUUCACCUUGGUGACUAUGCAGUACUGUCACCGGCGGGGGUGUGGGGCAUGGGGCGGUGAGCUGGAGGGCCACGUGUCUCCCCCCAGGCAGGACUUGGGGGCACAGAAGUCCCGAUUUCCAGUUAAUGUGCUCUUUGCUCCUCUGUUUCCUCUCCUGCAAAAAGCGUUCUUCCCAGCUGUAACGUGGGGAGCGCGUACAAUUCCUCCCUUCCUCCCACCACCGCCCCUACCCGGUCCUCCCGUCCUUUCCCUCCACAGCAGCCAUCUCCGUCUAGACGGUCAUCGAGCCGGUUCUCCAGGGCAUGGCUCCCUAACCAUGGUCAGUCUGUGGUCAGUCUGUGGGCACGCC